AUGCACCUGAAGCUCGCACGCGCCUUGACAGAAAAGGGUCACGAAAUAACGCUCGUCAUACCCUCCAACAUUGGAAUUCGAGACGUCCUUGACCUCUCAGGGCUCCAAGUCAUUGAAUAUUCCACGAGGCUGAACAUGGUCAAAGACGUUGCCGAGCCGACCAUGGUCAAACCUUACUUCGAAGGGCGAGAAGCCGACCUCGAAAAUGUGGUGCAGACGAUGCGCCAGAUAAGCCACGAGAUCCUGACCAACCAAAUGUUGUUUGAGAAAAUGAAACUGGCCAAACCAGAUUUAUUUGUGUACGACGACGGUUCAGCUUCUCGCAUGUUCCUCAUCUUCGCCUACCGGAUGGGGGUACCCUUCGCCGGUCUACACUUUGCCUCAGAGCCUUUCUUCAGGCGAAUCCCUUUCUCGCCUGCCGUGGACCCUGUCGAGUUCCUCCCCGUCGGACAACACAUGACCUUCACGGAACGACUGACCAACUUCAUGAUCUAUGCAUCUCAACUACCCGAGACCAACCUUGCCCAAUGUCAAGGUUGUAGGAGGAAUAGCGGCUUCACCUGCAAAGCCCUUGCCUCACGACCUACAAUUGUUCAUGGACGAUGCUCAGGAGGCGUGGUCAUAGUCUCUUUUGGGUCGUUCGUUCUGGACCUUCCCGACAACAUCGUACAGAAGUUCUGGGAGGUUUUCCGAGAGAUUCCAUUCAAGGUGAUCUUUCGCUCAAACCUUCCGUCUCCAGACAAGCGCAAACUGUUAACGUUGCCUUGGUUUCCGCAGAACGACCUUCUGGCUCACCCCAACACCAAAGUCUUCGUGACCCACUGCGGGUCCAGUGGCCAGUACCAGGCGCUGUACCACGCCGUACCCAUGGUGGGACUCCCGAUCUCCUUCGACCAACUGUACAACGCUGAGAGGAUGAGGAUCAAAAACUUCGGGAUGACACUGGAUCUGCGCUCUGCGAAUGUUUCAGAAAUUGCGUCGGCCAUCAAGACAGUGGCAACUGACCGCAUCUACAAAGAUGCUAUAACUCACGCCUCGCAUCUUUUCCGCGUGGAGUUUGGAGUUCCAGCAGAACGCGCCGCCUUCUGGCUAGAUCACGUGAUGCUGUAUGGGGGCGCCUACAUGAGGUCGGCGGGGCAGGAAAUUCCACUCUACCAGUUCUACCUGAUGGAUGUAUUGGGUUUCCUUGGUGCAAUGCUCGUCAUAUGUCUAUGUGUGUUGCUUUACAUUCUACGACUUGCAGUUAAAAAAUUUUAUAAAAAAAGAAAAGUUGAUUAAAGGAACAUC